AUGUCCUUGCGCAUUGACGAGUUCACGGCCAGGCGCCUUGUAUGGGACACUCCAUUGGCCGUCGAUGUAGUCAUCGCUCGCCUCAACGAGGAAUUAAACAAGGAAAAGGGAGGCCUGAAGAUGAUCCAGCUGCUCAGGACUGCAAAGAACAGGGAGGAGCUCGAGCAGGGCGUGCAGGAGAUGUCUGGAGGGAAGGACUUCGUCGAGUUCAUCUCCGCGCCCUAUCACAAUUGGAGGAACGCCUACAAUGGCGCGACAGACGCACCAAAGGCCAUCCAGUAUAUCUUCGGGAACCCCAUCUUCGCGGAGAAUAUAAUGAAGCACGACUCACUUGCCGCACUGAACAUUCCCCUUCGGCUACUUGUGACCGAGAGAGCAGAUCGGACGGGCACGCAGGUGGUGUACCUACAGCCUUCUACGAUCAUCGCCAUCCCGGUCGACGGCAAUGUCAACACAGAAGUCAUGGCCGCUGCGAAAAUUCUGGAUGCGAAGGUGGAAAAGAUGGUUCGCAAUAUAACAGCCGUGUAA